CGGUUAGUUGCGCGCACCUAUAAAAGACCGAUCUGCACCCUCACCAUUUUUGCAACAACUUAAUUUAAAAUGGAACAAAAGCUUACCAAUUUUCUUUUUAUCCUCUUUCUCUCACUUCUAGCAUUAUCUCACGGUAGCGAUCACCUCCGUCUGGGGAAAUCAAGUUUCCCCUCGUUACAGGCAGAGAAGCUAAUUAGAGAACUGAAUUUGCUACCGGAGAAAGACGUUAACGUUAUCGACCGCAGAGAUGACGGCGUUUAUGAUGGUGUUGACGGAGGGGGAAGAAUUGUAGAGAAGCGAAUUAAGUUUCCGAAUGUUGAAGGUGAUUAUGGAGCAGUUUCUGUUGAGGAUUUAGGGCAUCAUGCUGGUUAUUAUAAAAUCGCUAACUCUCACUCCGCCAGAAUGUUUUAUUUAUUUUUCGAAUCAAGAAACAAGAAGAAGGAAGAUCCAGUGGUGAUAUGGUUGACAGGUGGCCCAGGUUGUAGUAGUGAAUUGGCAAUGUUUUAUGAGAAUGGCCCUUUUGCUAUUGCUGACAAUAUGUCUCUUGUUUGGAAUCCCUAUGGUUGGGACAAGGCAUCAAAUCUUCUGUAUGUUGAUCAACCUAUUGGGACUGGGUUCAGUUAUAGUUCUGAUAGACGCGACAUUCGUCACAAUGAGGAGGGAGUUAGUAAUGACCUUUAUGAUUUCUUACAGGCCUUCUUUGUGGAGCAUCCUGAACUUGUAAAGAAUGACUUCUACAUAACUGGAGAAUCAUAUGCUGGCCACUAUAUUCCUGCUUUUGCUGCUCGAGUUCACAGUGGAAACAAAGCUAAAGAAGGCAUUCAUAUAAACCUCAAGGGGUUUGCCAUUGGAAAUGGGCUUACUGAUCCUGCAAUCCAGUACAAAGCUUACACAGAUUACGCAUUGGAUAUGGGUUUAAUUACAAAAACUGAUUAUGCUCGUAUUGGCAAGGUGAUUCCAGUGUGUGAAAUGGCAAUAAAACUAUGUGGUACUGAUGGUACGCUCUCCUGCAUGGCAUCAUAUUUUGUUUGCAACACUAUAUUCUCUAGCAUCAUGGCACGUGCUGGUGAUAUUAAUCACUAUGAUAUCAGAAAGAAAUGCGUGGGGAGCCUCUGCUAUGACUUCUCAAACAUGGAGAAAUUUCUGAAUCAGAAAUCAGUUAGGGAUGCGCUUGGUGUUGGAGAUAUAGACUUCGUGUCCUGUAGCCCGACAGUGUAUCAGGCUAUGCUGAUGGACUGGAUGAGGAAUCUUGAAGCAGGCAUUCCUGCUCUCCUUGAGGAUGGAAUCCAGUUGCUUGUCUAUGCAGGAGAAUAUGAUCUUAUCUGCAACUGGCUUGGAAAUUCAAGAUGGGUUCAUGCUAUGGAAUGGUCAGGUCAGAAAGCCUUCGGGGCAUCUCCUGAAGUUCCUUUCACUGUUGACAACUCAGAAGCUGGAGUAUUAAGAAGUUAUGGGCCUCUUGCUUUCCUCAAGGUCCACGAUGCAGGGCACAUGGUUCCCAUGGACCAGCCUAAGGCUGCAUUAGAGAUGCUGAAGAGGUGGACUCAAGGCAAACUGUCCGAGGCCCUGACGCAACCUGGAAAAUUGGUUGCUGAGAUGUAGUCAGCUAUCAUUUGGCUGUAAGAGCUUCCAGCAAAGAGAAAAAGACACAAAAAGACAAAAAGAUAUAAAAUUUUAUGUGGCUUUCAUGGAUGUUUUCAAAUGUGGGUGUAAAUAUUUGUUGUUGGCUCAAACAGGGUGGUGUUAGAUAAAGUAGUGUGUUGGUGGAAUCUAAGAUCUUACUAAAUGCUCGAUUGAUAGAGAAUGUUUAUGCUCAUGUGAUGUUCUGUUUAUAUAACUAGUAUCAAGUGAUAAGCUUGUGGGUUGGGCGAGUUUAA